AUGAUUAUAGAAUAUUAUCUUAAUAAACCAAAAGAUAGCUAUCCUGUAUGUUCUACAGGAUACUUCGGUUCGCAUAUUGAACUAAAAAAAAUAUUCAAUGAAAUUAAAUGUAACGCAGCUUUUUCAUUUAUAUCUUAUAUUAACGAAAAUUCUGAUACAAUACCUAACAGGGCAUUCUGUUUAUUCCUAUAUUAUUGGCUAUAUAAUGAAAUUAAGGAUAAAAGAAUAAAUAUGACUAUAAAUGAUGUUUAUCCAAAACUUUUUAAUGAUGGAAUAUACAAAAAUCCCAUAUGUAAUUUUUACAUUGACAACAGUAUUACCGAUAAUGAUGUGAAAAAGCUCAAAGACAUAUAUGAUAUGAAUACAAAAAUUCAUGAUAUUAAUAAUCUCAAUUUUAAAACUUGUAAAAACAAUAAUAUAUGUAAUUGCGGAGAUGAAUGUUCAGAUAUAUAUGAACGAUACAAUCAUAGAUGUAAUUCCGAUUAUGAGAACUCAUUUUGUAAAGCAUUAGAUAAUAUUAGGAUUUUAUACAAUGGGCUAAAGUUAUCUGACAACUGUAAUCCAUUAAAAUAUUCAAUCCUACCUUCGUUCAAAUUCCAAUAUCCAAGCUUCUCAUCAUCCAAAACCAACAUAAGAGCUCCCGCUAUAAUUACAAUUAGUAUAUUCACCCCAUAUGGUUCAAGUUUUCGAUGUGCACCUAUGAAAAAAAGAAAACAAUAUAAUAAUAUAGAUAAAGAAAAGAAUGUACUCGAACUAUCUGAAACACCACGUUGCGAUUUUAGAAUCAAUAGAUAUCAUAUAUUAUACAAUUCUAAAUAA